ACGAUUGCAGAUGGAGAGCGGGGCGUCCUGGGAGAGAAGCGUCCCUGGUGUCGCCAUGGGUCGGAAACGACUCGCCGGCAUGCGACGAGACAAGCGCCGGGAAAGCCACACAGACAACCAAGAACCUGCAUCUGUCAAUCCACAGCUAAAUGCUGCCACAGAAUUCUGUUCGCGAGGCAAUGUGCUGACCGGAGAUGCAACGAUCGAUCAAGAGGUGGAAAAAAUCAAACGACGAAGGCCAGCCCGCCCCUUGGGAGUCUGUCAGACAAAGUGUGGCGGCGAUGUAGCAUUAAGCUCCAGAUCAGACGAAAGGUCUAUAGAGCCGGACUGUCGCUCGGUCAUCUCCCAUCACCAUCGUCAUCAACAAUGAAGAGAGGGCCGUUGACUCAGAUCCAGAACUUGCUGAUCGACUCCCUGCUGGGGACCAAGCACGUGGAGAACGCAGCCAUCAUCAAACUCCAGGACCAGUCCGUGUGGGUAGCAUCCCCCGGUUUUAAUGUGUCCGCCCAGGAUGCUUACAUGCUCAUUAGUGCCAUCGCUUCCAGGUCGGUGCAGGUACGAAGGGAAGGGCUUUACUUCACAGAGAAGGACUAUAAAUGCGUCCGAGCGGAUGAGUAUUCCCUGUAUGCCAAAAGGGAUGACGAAGGUGUGGUGGUCGCAAAAACGGACAGGUACCUUGUGGUGGGUACUUACAAUCAGUUCAUGUAUCCCAGCGUCUGUGUGGAAGCCGUGGAGAAAUUGGCUGACUAUUUUAAGAAAAAGAAAAAUUAAGUAGGCAAAGGACUUCACAAUUCGUCGAUCCCCUGAGGACUGCUGUUUUAUAAGAAAACAAUGGCUAUUUAGAAAUUUCCAAAAUUGAGUCAACUUGAGAUCCGUGAAGAAAGAAUUUGGAUGAACAGUAGAAGAGCUUGAAAGGAAGGAUGAGGUAAAAUUCUCCAACUGGAAAUUUCCCAUCUCAUAAAGGCCACUUCUUGAGAGCAUAAAUCACAUGGUUUCUGUCAGUGAGAGUGAGGCAGUCGCUUACAUUUUUAAGGGCCUGAGAAAUAUUUGAAUGAUUCUUAAACUCUGCCAGGUGGGCUGUCUGUGAA